UCCUGUUACAGAGAUAAAGAAUGCAAGUUUACCCAUGAGAGCCAAUCUAAAACAGCAGUUACAACGGCAGCAGCUGUUGGAGCAGGAGAAGCGAGAACAAGAGGCCCACGUUCUAGGCAAAUCAAAUGGAUUACAUGUCACAGGGUCAAACAGUAUUACAGUCCCGCGGGUUGUUGAGUCCGCAGAAGUUCCUGUCAAUGUGUUGCAGGUGAAAACUCAGCUCCAACACCCUACCAAAUACCAUGUGCGACAGAGCCAAAAGAGGCAAGUGCAACACUUCCUCAACGAGCAUCAAGGCAGCCAUCUUCCCAUCCAGUCUCUCCCGGCCAAUGUGGUGUCGGUCUCAGCGCCCGAGCAGCAGCAAUAUCAUGUCCAGUCUUCCAGCAGCGCGCCAGAUCCAGACCUUCCUAGUCCGCUCAUGGGAGCAGCAGCCGAUUUUAUUCCGUCGAGCUUUGACCUGCUGGGCGACCUCCAGUCGGUGGACACCCUGGAGCUGGGCUCUCUGCUAGGUGACAGUGACUUGGUGGAGAUUCAGCCCUCGCUCGGAGCUAGUUCGUCCGGCAGCCUCCUCACCGGCUAUGAGGGUGUGGAUCCUGAGGGUUCGAACCAGGCCCCCGCCUCGUGUCCCACGCCGGUGUUCCGCCACCAGGACCUGAGCCACAAUGGCAUCAUGUCGGUGCAGGACGAGCUCUGGAGGAAGGAGAGGAUCAAGAAAGACAACCACAACAUGAUUGAGAGGCGCAGACGCUUCAACAUCAAUGACCGCAUCAAAGAGCUCGGUGGACUCCUUCCACGCUCCAUUGACCCCGAAUCCAGGCAGAACAAAGGCAAUAUCCUCAAGGCGUCAGUUGACUAUAUCAAAAGUUUGCAAGACGAUCAAAGAAAACUGUCGGCCAUCACAGAGCAGAAGAAGAAGACAGAGUCGGACCUACGCAAAGUUUUGAUCACGCUCAACCAAAUGAGCUCUGUCAUCCAGUCUCAUGGCCUACAGAGCCCGCACCUGGACACCAAUGACCUACUGACGGUCAAGAAACUGUCCAUGGAGUUUCUGACCCCGUCUGCCCCUUCCCCACCACUGACCACAAUAAUGAACACGGCCCCAACAAGCACACAGACCACCUACUCCUUAACCAAUAUGGAUGACCUGAUGAUGGACGAGAUGUCGCCGGUCAGCGGUGACCCCAUGCUGCUGUCAGCUCCAGUCACCCCUGAAGGCGAUGACCACUCUCUGGACUUCAGUCAUUUUCACUAAUGAAUGGUUGUUAAGUGACUGUUAGAAUUCUUUGGAGAUUAACAAUUUAUUUUUUAAAAUUAAAAGAACAUUUUUAAUUUUGAAAAGGGUUCGGGCCGGGGUGGGGAAUGGGGAUGAGGGAGGAUGUAAUCCUGUCAACUAGUAAACAUUCAUAAUUGUGUUAUCAUGCAAAUUUCUGGAUUUUUGUCUCCCGUGGACAUAUAUGGAAUGGAAUGACACACAGGUUUCCUGUUGCCUUGGAUGAAUGCUUUUUUUAAAAACCAUGUUGCGGAUAUGCCACAUCGGUUAUGACUGGAUGGUAUUGGACCGGAAGACCAUGACAUUGUUUGCUGCUGUAGUGGGCCUUUGUGAACCACAGUGAAAGCGUUAUUUCAGUCGCAUUGCGUUUUUGCACUUUUCAGAAGUUUGAUCACCGGCAAAGCGGUUUUUUUAAAGUGAAAGAGGUGUCUCAAAUAGGACCCUUGAUACAAAAAUUGUUUUUCCUGGGCAUCAGACCAAAAGUACUGAAAUAAGGUAAUACAAAUUUUGUAGAAACUCUGGUUGGUAUUCAGUGCAUCUUUGUUGAGACUGGGAGCUAAAGUUUUCUUUACUCAUUAUGCUCCCGCAUCGUUUUCAUUUGCUGUUUGGCAACGGGAAGCUUGUCCGUCUAUAAAUAAUUGUGUUAACUAACACCUUGGCUUGAUGUAUACUACGUUUACCCUGCCUGCCUCUAAGUUACUUAGACAAUCAGCUAAGCUCGCAACAACCAACGACCACUAUUCCUCCACCCCACUUCGCCCCCCCCCCCCACCUCCCCUCCCCCAUUUGUUGCCCAUCCUGUUGUUGUGUUAUUGGGUUCAGCAAAGUUGCACUGUAGCAUCAGGGAGGAGUAAACAGUUUCAUGUGGGACACGGUGCCUUAGGUGAACGUAUUGCUUGUUGUCGACGACAGAAAGUUGUUUAGCGAAGCUGAGCAAAGUCCCCGCAUAUCCUGUUGUAGUAUCGCUAACAUGAGAGAGAGCUGUUUCACACUACGUGUAAUAAUAAUAAUAUGCUUUGGGCUUUAUUUUUCAAAGAAUGCACUUUCACGGUGAAUUUGUCGGAUGUGAAAAAGGUGCUAAUGUUUGAUAUGUGAAAAAUGAGUCGUCGUUGUUUACUUGUGGAAAAGGAAAGAAAGUGCUGAAAUGUGUGCAUGUUUUUAUUGAUUGAUUUAUAGCACAGCGUACAUUGCUUUUCUGUAAAGUUUAGAAAUAAGGCGAUUUUUGCUCCACGACUUGUCACCCUUGCAGCAGCGAUUACGUUCCAAUUUUUUUUGGUUUUAUUUCUGUAAGUUGAAGUCAUUUUUGAAAAAGUAAUUGUUCCAACAUUUUCUCAUUAUCACUGGCAUUACAUGUUAGUGAAAUUAUGUUUCUGUGUGAACAGCUUGUGUUAGGUUGAAUAUAAUUUUUUAAAAUAGUUUUUUUGUUUAUCCGAGUGUUAAUUAGUUACGUAUUUUUAUUUCUUAUGCAAACUCUUGUUUUACCAUUUUGUGUUCUGUGGCUGUGGAUGUCUGCAUGCAAGGUGGUUCUUUUGUCUAAACUGGCUCGUUUUGGUUUUACUGUACUUCAUUUUGUUUUGUUUUUUUAAAUGUAUACAGUCUAGGGAUCGAGAUGGCUGAAAAAUACGAGUGGGAAAUGCUUGUUUUUCCUGUUGUGGGGGUAACAGGAAUUCUUCCGAUUUUUGGAAUAGCGUUGUCAGGUCCCACCUCCGCCAUUAAAAAAGUGUUAUGACGCUAUCAAACCACGGAAGGGAAAAAGAAAAACAGCAAAAGCUAGAACUGAAAAGUCUUUUAUGGAACUACUACUUCUAGUGUUUUAUAGUUUUGUUUGUUUUUUUUUCCUCCAGUUUGCAUUGACUGUAUUUCUGUAUAACUCGUUCCAUAUCUGUGAAGGUUAGCGUUUUUCUCAGAAUGUAGCAAGCCCACUCCACCUUCCAGUACUUUUGACUGUUAAGGAUGUGAUGAUAUAAUAAUAAUUCAUUGUCAUUUGUGCUGGUCUGGUCUGGUCUGGCAUCAGUCUUGUCCUACUUUAUCAUUCCUUUUUCUUUUUUUUUUCACCCUAUUGAACACCGUUUGUCCAGUUGUCUUUUGCUAGCACGUUAUUGUAAUAGUAUCCGCGUUCACAGUAUCCCUGUUCUCUGGCUUGUUUGUAAUUUUCUACUGUGCAUCCGUGAUGAUCAGUUUACUUGUGACGCCUUAAGGUCUUAGCUUUUGUAUUUCUGGAUUUUACUCGUUAUGUACCGCUUCACUAGCUUCCGAGUAUCAACCCCUUCCUGGUGUAGUUUUUUUUGGUUUUUUUGUAGUUUUUUGUUUUUUUUACUUUUGCUGCACACAAUUUUUGGUAGCCAGGAUAGUGAGCAGUUUUUUCUGAAAUCCCUUUCAAAAUUAUAGAUUUAUGUGGUUGGUACUUUUUUGUGAUCACAUAUAUUUCGAAUCUUUCAAAAAAUUUUCCUUUCAAAGCUAUUGUAGGACAUUUUUAUAAAUCCUGUACGGUCCAUUUCCAGAUGUACGGUAGCUGUCAAGAUGUACGGUAGCUGUCACGAAGGGGUUAAUAACUUUUCGUAUGACGCACCGUCCCCCUCGACAUGUUUAUUUUAACCUCUGGAUGAGAAUGCAAGACCAUUGAUGUCCUGUUGUGGUCUUGUGUAUGGGUGAUUCUCUCAACGGGUCACUUUUGCAUUCCUUUUCGUUGGGUUCCUUCUUUUUUUUUUGGGGGGGGGGGGAGGGGGGGGUUGUCUAUUAAAAAUGUUUUUGUUUUGUUUUGUUUAUUUUCACAUUUUUUUUAUGUUUUCAAUUUUGUUUGAUUCUUUAUUCAUUUAAAAAUAAUUUUUUUAAUCCCCUGACCCGUGGAGCUAAGCAUUUUGUCUCAGUAGAACCAAGAGGUUGGAGUUCAAAGGGUUUUCAUUACAUAUCUGUGGCCCGCUUGUGUCUGAUUCCGUGUUUGUGAAGCAGAUUGAGAAGAAUCCCUCCGGCGUUGGUUCACACCUGUCACACACACACAUACGCGCGCGCACGUGCGCACACACACCCUAGUCGUAUCGUGAAGACAAAACGUUUACCUUGCAAUCACAUUUGAGGACUAUGUUUUUAUGUUCCUGAUCAUUGGCAGCACACCCUUUACCGACUCUAGUGAUUUCCUCCGUAAUAUUUGAGAUGAGGGUUAUCAUUUUCAUGCAUAUAAUAAUGUAAUAACAGUUUUUCCUUUGAGUAAGGAGUUCUCUCCGUUCCUGUUUUGGAAUUGGGGUAAAAGUGUACUAGUAUGUUAUUCUUCCUUUCAUUUUUGUUAAUUUUAGUUAAUGAAAUGACAUUUGAAAAAAGAAAAAAAAAAAUGGAAAAAAAAACCCCAACAAACAAACGAUGAUGAUUCUGUUAGCUAUAGCAGUCUUACAGAUGUAAGUGGCACUCUAUUUGAUUGAAACAUGAUGUGUAUGUUUCAUUGUUUGCUGCGGUCCGAAAAUAUUAAAUUAUGGUAAAGAUCGUGUACUACAAGAUGGUUCAACCGCCACACAAACCUUGUCCUCCGUUAUAUAUAUGCACAAUAAUAUUACGUGGAGUAUGCUUAAUUAAACUGAAAUCUGUUGGACUGACAGAUUUUCUUCGGUUAGCUAGGUUUUCGGUUUAGAGAGAUUGCUCAAAUGAAAAGAGAAAAAAAAGUUGGAUUUUUUCUUUUAUAUCGGAUUACUGCUGUCUUCUAAGUAAUGAUGUUCAGUUCAAGAGGACUUUAUUGAAGAUGUUUCCAGCGUCUCUGAUUCAGAUGUUUUGUUUGCUUUCUCAAAGAUAGUUUUUCUACUGUGUUUUUUUAAUCUAAUUCUUUGUACACAAGAUAUGUCGGUCCUUAAAAUUAUGCACAAUAAUAUACAGAUGGCAUUGUUGAGAAAGCUUUUUUUAUUUUUUGGUGUGGCUCAAAUAGAGCAGUGGCCCUUCUUGUAGUAUGCAAUCUUUGGUUGUAGGCAUCCGAGAGAACUACUAUAAAAAGUCUGUGAUUGUUACGGUCUUUCUUGUUUUAAAGACAUCUGUACAAAAUUUCUUCAUAUCUAGCAUUAGUUGUCUGUUUUUAAGAAGGUUGCCUUCUCACGUGCUGAAAUGCCAAUCGUCUUUUCAAACUCACGGCUAUAAUAAGGGUUAUAAGAGAGGUGAGAGGCUUUGGACUUUUAAUUUUUAAAAACUAUUUAACGCAGAUUUGUGACUGUGAACACUGCACUUACCUCGUAGCUUCUCUUGAAGUUUUUUCGAAUCGGAAGUGUUUGAAGUGUAUAGAAUUUUUAGAAAGAAGCCCUUGACUUUUAUAAAACUUGACGUCAAGGGAAAAGAAGUAUGCGUAUUAUUUCCUGUGAGGUGCUUUCAGAUGAGUAUACCGUUAUCACCUUUGUCUUACACAUGUACAUAUAACAUGCAUAGAACUGUUUACUUAUUUCUCUGUCGCCCUAUUAUUCCUUCUGUGUAGGGAUCAAGAAAUUUUAAAUAUUGAAAAUAUUGAUGUAUAAAAAGAAGGAAAGAAGAAAUAUUUAAAAGAAAAAGAAAAAAACCCACAAAAAAAAAAAGAAAGUAAGUGAUUUCCGUACGUUUUCGUAGAAGUGCUUGCCUUGCUGUAAAUAAGGAGGAUUAUUCAAAAACUGAUGAAUGAUGUUCGUUGUCUGCUGUACAUUACUUGGGCAUUAUCGCAAACAGGUACAACUGAAAGGAAGCCCUUGCAGUUUCAGCGCCCCCUUCUCCAUGUUCUAUUUUCAGCAUUGUAAUUUUUAAAACGUGAUUUGGAAUCAUUUUGUUUUGUUUUUAGUUUUUUCUGUGUUUUUUUUUGUUUUCCUGUACUGUCUUAACUUUGCUAUGCAUAAUGCUUGUAGCCUGCAGGUGAUGACAACUUAACAAAUACUCAGACUUCUGUUUUUAGCCUUUGUCUUCUUGUGCACCCGAUAACUGUACCGUUGGGCACAGGUAACUCAAACUCAAACACGUUGGGGGAUUGACUAGUGUCAUAGAUCGAUACAUCCGUAAUUCGGGUGAACCGAUAUAGUGAAAUGUUAAAGAGUUACGUCGUAUGACAAUUGUGUUUCACGCAACCAUACAUAAUUCAGAUAAACUGUAUUGUUGCAAAAAUUUAAAGAGAUGUCAGUCGAGGGAAUGGCACAUCAUACAACAAGCUAUCUCUGCUAUUUCAAGUGUUCCGUGAUUGUGUUAUCAAUGCCCAACUGUAUUGUUUUUAGAGUUUAAAAAAAAGAGGGAUGGGAGGGAGCUUAUGGAAUACGAAAGUUGAAAAUUACAGAAAUGAAAAAUGAAGGAUGGGAUGGACGAAUUUUUAUAUUGAAUGUCUUAUUUUUCUAUGAGAGUAACUGCGAUGAAUGCUUGAAAGAUACUGGAGGGAAAAAAAUGACCGUUAGCAAAUGACUCAGGUUUUGUGCCGCACAUACUUAUUCAAUGUGUCUGUACAUAUGUAGAUAUAACAAUACUUCACCCUACCAUCAUCAAACGUCACUCAUCAUCAUCAUCCAUUUGGAGCAGAUUUGGCUUAUAUCUAUGUGUGUCAUGCCAUGUCCAGCGGUCUGCCGCAUACUAUAGGUUUCUUGCUGUUAUGUUUCCAGUCGCCCCAUGCAAAUAAACAUUAAUGUAAAGGAAUAAAUAAAA